AUGAAGGCUCACAAGAAGGAACCGCGGACCAAAACUCCCCCGGGUAAUACCUGGGGUUCUCUGGGAGAUGUGAGCCUAAUACAGGCCUCUCCUUUAGCACACCUGUAUAAAAACGUUUGCAAACAGACUGUCCCUUGCCUUCCAGAGAGGAGACGAGCGAAGCUCACUGAACUCGUCACUCCUCCCAUCCAGGAGGAACCGGAGCCUGUCAGCAAUGUCCUGCAGGGAGAUGAUAUCCUGGCUUUGGCCAUUAAACAGGAGGACUUAAAGAAGCAACACAUUCCCCGUCCUCCUGCCCCAGAGGAGAAAACUGUUACCCAUCAAGUUUUCAUUCGAAAGCAUAAAAUCCAAAAGGUCAAGAAGGCAAAGCGUCACUUAGUAGCUCGCCCUGCUACUCCUGAAGCAGCCACAAAGCCCUUGGAUUACUCUGGGCCAGCAGAAGAAAGCCCUGAUGGCAAAGAACAGAUUCUCCCCCACAACAUUUUGGGAACUCUUUAUGACUUCAAGAGAAUCGCAGUUGCCCGAGGAAACACCAAGUUAGCCGAAAUGAUCCCAGAAACCACCGGUGUGGACAGUGUCAUCAUUGCAGUACCAGAGGAGCCAAAGAAACAACCCAAAAAAGAGAAGGUAGAUCUGUGGGUACCACCUUCUCAGCAUAAAUCUCUGAAGAACUGGAAACGCAACAUGACCUUGAGGAAGAAGCAGCAAGAAGCUCUAAGCGAACAUCUGAAGAAGCCAGUGAAUGAGCUGCUGAUGAAUACAGGGGAGGGCUUCAGACGGGUACAGGAAGAAAGGAAUCUGAUUGAACGUUCCAUUUCUGUUUUACAUUAUGGGAAGGGCACUGAGGUCGACUGUGAUUUCUGGAGCCAGCCUGAGUAUAUUGGAGAUGAACUAACAGGUCUGGUGACCCAGUGGCCUCGUAGCUACCGACAGCCCAUCAUUCAUAUAGGGAAGCCCCUGAGCAUUCAGAUGGAGUCAGGACUGCCAUCCAUGAGGGAGCCUUGGUUCCGUUUCACAUGGGAUAAGAGUCUCUUUUUAAUUGACCGACGAAAGGAGCUCCAGGGCAUCCUGAAGGAGUUGGACUUCAACCAGCCGGACAUUGAUGGCCUCGAAGUGGUUGGUAAAGGACAUCCUUUCUCAUCUGUCUCUGCACAGCACUUCGCAGUCUUUAAAGAUGUCAAGGAAAGUACAUCUAACGAAGUGACUUCAGAUCCCUUAGCUGAGUAUCCCGAUGUGGUUCCCAUGCCUUUUCUUGGUCCUUCUUUGCUAUUUUGUGGAAAACCAGCAUGCUGGAUCGACAGUAACCUACCACCGGGAGAGAGGCAUAUUGGCAUCGCUGUCCGUUUGACCUUUGAGACCAUGGAAGGGGAGAGAACAUCUUCUGUCCUAACAGUUGUAAACAAUGGCACUUCAGCUGUUUGGUAUGACUGGAGGAGGCUGCAACAGCCUGAUGCUUUUGAAGAGUUUAAGGAGAGCAAACGGCAGCGGUUUUACUUCAACACCAAGGAAGGUGUGAUUCUUCCUGGGGAAACGAAGGAGUAUAUCUUCUUCUUCAUGUCUUCGAACGCGGGAAUCUUCAGGGAGAGCUGGGAGUUUGGAACCCACCCAACACUGUUAGGGGGAGCUUUGCUGCAAGUCACUCUACGGGCUGUUGCCCUGAGCCAAGACGUUUUGAAGUCAGAAAGAAAGUUACUGAAGGCCAAACUAGCUUCCCAAGAAGCUGUCACCAUUGUGGAGGACAUGCUGAAUGAGUUGCUGAGAGGGAUCUGGCCCACGCAGCGAGCCUCAUCCCCAGUUGAUGCCUACCUCACUGAGGAAGAUCUGUUCUGCUACAGGAACCCUCAGCUACAUUAUCAGCAUCAAGUGAUCCGAGAACUCCAAGAAUUGUGGAAUGAAUACAUGGUCCCAUCCCCACCGACCCCCCCUGAAGAGGAGGAAGCUGAACUAGCCCCCGUGGAGGAGGAAGUGAUAGUCCCAAAGUUCCCAGUGGGUUCUGAUAAGAGCAUUACAGGGGAGAAGGCUAAGGGCUCUGUGGGGGAAAGCCAGAAGGGCUCAAAGGGGAGUCCUUCACCCAAGAAUGAGUCCAAGGCGAAUCUCCUGCCCCAGAAGAAUACUAUAUUCAAGGUGAUCGAAAGCCAGAGGGAACCAGAAGAGGAGGCUGUGGAGGUGCCCGAGGAGUCAGACACAACGAUCCCUGAGUAUCCCAAGUGGAAUCUUUGUGUGGAUGAUUUCAAAAAGGCAGUGUUGGAUCUCCCUGAAGAGGAGCAGAGAGAGGAUGCUCUUACCAGACUCAACAAGGGGGCCCUGGAGCUAUGCUCAGAGCAGAGGCCGCUGCAAUCAGACCUCCUGUACCAGAUGUGUUUCCAGCUGUGGCGCGAUGUAGUUGAUGGUCUGGUGAGCCAUUCCAUGUGGCUGAAGUCUCUGUUCGGCCUGCCUGAGAAGGAUACCAUCUAUCUAGAGGUCCAAGAGGAGCAAGUCGAAGCAAAACCAUCUGGGAAAAUUGGAAAAGAAGAACGGAAACCUGCGGCUCAGGAAAAGAAGCAGAGUGGUGGGAAAGAAAAAGAGGAGAAGAAAGGAGGUGCAAAGUCACCAGGAAGAGAGGAUCGUGCCAACAGCAAGAAGCACAGGGGAAGGGAAGAGAAGAAAUUACAGAAAUCCCCAACUCGGGAUGCGAAAGAAAGAGUAUCUUCGGAAGAAUUACCUCGUGAGCAGACAGCCUCCCCAUUUGAACCAGUAGAUCCUCUAAUCCAAGAGAAAUAUAAUCAGAGGCUUUACAUCGAGGUCUAUGGGCUGCUGGACUCCUUAGUGACUGACAUGAUGCUCCUAUCUGAUGAGCUGAAGACCUCCACCGCAACCCAGCUGGAAACUCUCAAGCCUCUCAAACCUUUCUCUUUUCCUGCCUGACUCUGUCUCUGAGCAGCCUUCAGGGAAAUAAAAAUAAAUGUGUAGGCUUCCACAA